GGGCGGGAGCGUGGAGACCGCAGUUUACUGAGUUGUCCCCCUGGCUUACCGUUGGUGGCCAUAUGCCCAAGGCUCACAUUUACAUCUUGAUUCGAGUCUACAUUCCAAACGCCCGCGGACUUCCUUGUGCCCAUUGCAGAGCACAGCCUCUGGACAUGCAGGCUCAGCGGCCAUGGCUCACGGGCCCAGCCACUCCGCAGCACGUGGGAUCUUCCUGGACCGGGGCACGAACCCGCGUCCCCCGCAUCGGCAGGCGGACUCUCAACCACUGCGCCACCAGGGAAGCCCCUUUUUCUGGUUUUGAUCAUCCUGGUUUAAUAAAAGAAAACUAUUAGGAUACUGAUUCAUUUAUGUUAGUUCAUUAGCUAUAACUUAACAUUUGCAAACAUUUCUGUUAACCUCAGAAAUUAGAAUUUAAACUUGAUGUGAUGCAGUAUUAAUGUUUCUUAAUUUUUGUUGAGAAGAGAAAAAGAAUUGCUUAUCUAUAGACGUUGUUGAAAGGUUUGUGAUUUUCCUGUCAUUUUAUGUAUUUUAUUUUUGCUAUUUCCUGAUUAUCUUUUUCAGUGUUUCUAGUUUUAUUUUGUUGUGAGACAUAUCAUGGGAGAAGGCAUAGGUUUUUACCAAAAUUUGUUUCCAGAAACUUGAUUUUUAUCAAUGAAACAUUUCUUUUUUGUUGUUGUUGUUGUUGUACGCGGGCCUCUCACUGUUGUGGCCUCUCCCGUUGCAGAGCACAGGCUCCGGACGCGCAGGCUCAGUGGCCAUGGCUCACGGGCCCAGCUGCUCCGCGGCAUGUGGGAUCUUUUCGGACCGGGGCACGAACCCGUGUCCCCUGCAUCGGCAGGUGGACUCUCAGCCACUGCGCCACCAGGGAAGCCCCUGCCCAUUUUUUAAUUGGGUUGUUUGUUGUUUUGAUUUUGAGCUGCAUGAGCUGUUUGUAUAUUUUGGAGAUUAAUCCCUUGUCAGUUGCUUUGUUUACAAAUAUUUUCUGCCAUUCUGAGGGUUGUCUUUUUGUCUUGUUUAUGGUUUCCUUUGCUGUGCAAAAGCUUUUAAGUUUAAUUAGGUCCCAUUUCUUUAUUUUUAUUUUCAUUACUCUAGGAGGUGGGUCAGAAAACAUCUGUGAUUUAUGUCAGAGUGUUCUGCCUAUGUUUUCCUGUAAACGUUUUAUAGUGUCUGGCCUUACAUUUAGGUCUUUAAUCCAUUUUGAGUUUUUUUGUGUGUAUGGUAUUAGGGAGUGUUCUGAUUUCAUUCUUUUACAUGUAGCUGUCCAGUUUUCCCAGCACCAUUUGUUGAAGAGAUUGUCUUUUCUCCAUUGUAUAUUCUUGCCUCCUUUUUCAUAGAUAAGGUGACUAUAGGUGUGUAGGUUUAUCUCUGGGCUUUCUAUUCUGUUCCACUGAUAUAUAUUUCUGUUUUUGUGCCAGUACCAUACUGUCUUGAUUACUGUAGCUUUUAGUAUAGUCUGAAGUCAGGGAGCCUGAUUCCUCCAGCUCCGUUUUUUCUUUUUCAAGAUUGCUUUGGCUAUUCGGGGUCUUUUGUGUUUCCAUACAAAUUGUAAAAUUUUUUGUUCUAAUUCUGUGAAAAAUGCCACUGGUAAUUUGAUAGGGAUUGCAUUGAAUCUGUAGAUUGCUUUUGGUAGUAUAGUUAUCAUCACAAUAUUGAUUCUCCCAAUCCAAGAACAUGGUAUAUCUCUCCAUCUGUUUGUGUCGUUUUUGAUUUCUUUCGUCAGUAUCUUAGUUUUCUGAGUACAGUUCUUUUGCCUCCUUAGGUAUUUAUUCCUGGGUAUUUUAUUCUUUUUGUUGCAGUGGUAAAUGGGAUUGUUUCCUUAAUUUCUCUUUCUGAUCUUUCAUUGCUAGUGUAUAGGAAUUUUACAUCAGGAAGUGUUUUAAUAUAGCCACUAUGAAAAACAGUAUGGAGGUUCCUCAAGUAAUUAAAAAUAGAACUGCCAUAUGAUCCAGCAAUUCCACUUCUGGGUGUAUAUCCAAAGAGAACAAAAUCAUUAUGUUGAAGAGACAUCUGCACUGUCAUGGUCAUUGCAGCAUUAUUUCAUAGUCAAGACAUGGAAACAACCUAAAUGUUGACAGCUAAAUGGAUAAACAAAUUGUGAUACACACACACACACACAUCAGAAUAUUAUUCAGCCAUGAAUAACUGAACUUUGAAUUCAUGAGUAUUUCAUGAAUAAUUGAACUUCUUUCAAUUGAUAUGUCUGUGAGUUUCAUUUAUAUUGUUGUAUGUGGAUUUUGAUUUUGAUUCUCAUUGUUACAUACUACUAUUAUGGACAUAUACCACAGUUUAUUUAUCCAUUCUAGUGUUGAUAGGCAUUAAUAGUGUAGUUGGCAGUUUUGGCCUAUUAUAAACAGUGAUGUUAUAAACAUUCUAGUUCCUAUACUUUUGUAAAUCCAUCUAUGUAUUAGGUGUACACCUAAGACGGAAGGAAGAAAAUAGAGAACAAAAUUAUAUAGUUCUAAAAUUAAAUGUCUUUAAAAUAUAAAUGAUAGAUGAUAGACUCAGACAUGACCAUCUACUUAAGCAAAUAAUCUGAAAUAUUUUCCAUUAGAUAUCACACAUGGCUCUACUGAUGUUCAAAGAGAGAAAAUUUAACCAAAUAGACUUAAAUGAAAUUAAACACAUCUUUGUCUGUCUUUGAUGAUUCAAAUGUACCCUGGAAGGACCUUACAUAUAUAAAUAAAAGUAGUUAAUUUUGGACGGUCACAGUGGUGAAAGACUGUUUAGAAUAGAUCAGUUUAAGCAGAUUGCAUUAUAUAAACUGAAAAAAUCCAGCUCUGGGGAAAUUUUUUAGAGUAUUUAAAGUUUUGUCUUUUCAUCUUUAUUUUCAUUUAAGAAAACUUUUUUUUUUCUGAAAAUAAUUGGCUCUGAAAAGUAUCUUUUAAUAAAGAUUUUUAAAAACUUUUUUCUAAACCUCUAACCCGUAAAAAAACUCACUGAAUUACUAUGCCUGCAUUAAUUUCCAUCUACUGUUAAUUUAAAACUCAGUGGAUUUUCUUAAACUAAACAUACUGUGUAACCAGCACUGAGAUCCAGAAAUAGAUCAUUACUGUACUACAGUACUAUACGAUCUGCAGUUGCCGAAUCCAUGGAUGCAGAACUGUGUAUAAGGAGGAACCACAUAGAGGGAUGGCCGAUUAUAAGUUAUACUCAGAUUUUCAACUGUGUGGAGGGUUGUUCAACAAUCCUCUCAUUGUUCGAGGGUCAACUGUACAUUGUGAUUCAGCUUCUCCUUCUGCCAGAUUCUGCCUUUCUCACAUUCUUCCAGGUGAACUUCCUAAGAGCAUUGUCCAUCAACUUUCCCAUUAAAAAUCCCCAUUUUCAGGAAACCCGAUCUAAGAAAGUACCAGCACAAAUCCCAGAACAUCCAUAUGGAGAACUAUUAGGCUUGCUAAGGAAUGAGGAAAACUAGGUGCUGCCGUUGCUGCAGGAUUUGGCUAAUAUGUACCAAUAUACCAUGAGGAGACAAGAGUAGAUGCACAGGAUUGUAUAUGUUAAGGAUGCUGAACGAAGGGGAACAGAACAAAAAAGAAAGUUGUGGAUGGGGGAGUUUAUCAAUAUGGGAGAUAGUCCUGUGAAAUAGAAUUUAACACUCUGGCAUCUACAGUGGGAGAUCAUGCUAUUCUCUCCUAAGAUAGCUAUUAGAAACAUUUAAAAAAAUACUGACACAAAAUAAAUUAGGUAGAAAUGUCAGAGUUAUCAGGGCUGAUGAUGGAAAAAGGAUUCAAAGAUUCAGAAAGAGAGCUAGGUAGGAUAUAUUACAUAAAGCUGGAUAAACAGCUGACAGUAUUUCACGCGAAGGCCUAGAGGACAUGCCAGGUGACAGUACUAAGCAAGUAACUGGUGAAAGGGGAACAAAAAUUGUUUAGGAGCUCAGGGAUGGCUGUUCCGUCUAGGCAAAGAAUGACAGUAAGAGAUGCUGUUUUAGGACUGGGAAUCCUGAUAGCAAUUAAUUUGAUUGCAUCUCAAAAUAACAAAGAGGGGAUGGUAGUGCUUAGCAAGCAAAAGCAAGGUAAGUGCAAUUAUCACAACGAGCAACAAGAUCUGUGCGGCAGAUGAGGAAGCUUGACUCACAGUGAGAUAUAGAAAUGGUUAACAGGAUAUGUUAGUCCUUACAGACAUAUGAAUAUGCAGCGAGCAAGCAUUUUGCAUAAUAUGUGCAAUCAAAAUAAAUAAAAAUAAAUGAUAAGGAGGCAGAGGGAAGCUGCCCAUUAAAAAGUCACAAUUCUUUUUUCCUAGAUUCCAGAUGUGAUCUGAUUCUCAGACCAUGAACCCAUUAACUGGAAGAGAGGCCUAUGAUGAAAGAUCAUUUUUCACUGUGACAAAUGUAUAACAGUAAUUCCCCUGUACUUUACCUAGGUGACCCCGAACUUUAAUUCAGGUGCCUCAGCACUGGGAAAAGGGAAAUGUCCAGAUCAUUCCAGGGUUGAUGUAAACAUGAACAUAGUGUGGACAGAAAUUCCAUAUAUUAAAAGGAAUAAAAUAGAAUGUCUAGAACCCAAAAUAUGUUAUGUGCAGAUUAAACACCACAGAAAAAAUAUCAGUGAGCUUAAAGACAUAACAAUAGAAAUUAUCCAUACAGAUAUAUUUAGCUCUGGUGAAAUAUGGGAUGGUACUAAGAACUCUAACAACAGUGUUAUUAGAGUUCCAGGAAGGAGGUGGAUAGGAAUUGAAUAAAUAAUGGCUAAUAUUUUCCAAAUUUGUUCAAAAUUAUAAGGCUGCAUGUCCUAGAAGCUCAAAAAAUUCUAAUCAAGAAAAAGAAAAGAAAAGCCACAUAAUUCAAAUUUUGUAAAAUCAUUGUUAAAGAGAAAAUUUUAAAAGCAGCCAGAGAAAAGAGAGAUUAAGUGCAGGAGAAUACCAUAAGAAAGUUGUUGACUUUUUAUCAGAAACAAUGCAAACCAGAAUAUUUUGGAACAACAUCUUUAAAAUGUUGAAAAAAUGUCUGUCAACCUAAAAUUCAAUAUCUAGAAAAAAUAUUCUUCAGAAAUGAAGCUAAAAUAAAAAUAUGUUCAGGAAAAGAAAAACGUGGAGAAUUCAUCACCCAAGGAUCUGCACAAGAAGAAAAUUUACAGUAAAUUUCUUCAGGCUGAAGAAAGAGUAAACCAGAGUUUUACUAAGAAAUAAAAAAUACUGUGAAUAGUCACUAUGUAGAUAAAUUUUUUUUUUUUUUUGUGGUACGCGGGCCUCUCACUGUUGUGGCCUCUCCCGUUGCAGAGCACAGACUCCGGACGCGCAGGCUCAGUGGCCAUGGCUCAUGGGCCCAGCUGCUCCGCGGCACGUGGGAUCUUCCCGGACCGGGGCACGAACCCGUGUCCCCUACAUCGGCAGGCAGACUCUCAACCACUGCACCACCAGGGAAGCCCUAUGUAUAUUUUCCUGCUUCUGCACUUGGAUUCCAGUAAGUUGUGAGGAUAGAUCUGAGGAAGAUGCAAAGAGAAAAGCAAGGACUGGUUAGAACAACUAGACCCAAGAUGACAGAAGAUUUGACUUCCAGUAGACCUUGAUCCUCAUUAUAUGCUUAUCGUAAUACCGUUAGCAUGCUAAAGGGCCCAUCCACCAGCACCAUGACAGGUGACGAUCGUCUUGACAACAUCUGGAAAAGCCCAUACAAGGACUGAAAAAGAGUGUUGCAUCAGUUCUGUGUCCAAACCACAACGCUGUUCUCAGAUGAGACGAUUGGGCCGAGCCUAUGCCCUGGCUUUUGCAGAAAGAGGUGCAUCAGUUGUUGUGAAUGAUCUAGGAGGGGACUUCAAGGGAGUUGGUAAAGGCUCCUUAGCUGCUGAUAAGGUUGUUGAAGAAAUAAGAAGGAAAGGUGGAAAAGCAGUGGCCAACUAUGAUUCAGUGGAAGCAGGAGAGAAGGUUGUGAAGACAGCACUGGAUGCUUUUGGAAGAAUAGAUGUUGUGAUCAACAAUGCUGGAAUUUUGAGGGACCGUUCCUUUGGUAGAAUAAGUGAUGAAGACUGGGAUAUCAUCCAGAGAGUUCAUUUGCGGGGCUCAUUCCUGGUGACCCGGGCAGCGUGGGAUCACAUGAAGAAACAGAAAUUUGGAAGGAUCAUCAUGACUUCAUCGGCUUCAGGAAUAUAUGGCAACUUUGGCCAGGCAAAUUAUUGUGCUGCAAAGCUGGGUCUUCUGGGCCUUUCAAAUUGUCUUGCAGUUGAAGGCGAGAAAAGCAACAUUCAUUGUAACACUAUCGCCCCUACUGCUGGAUCACGGUUGACCCAGAACAUUUUGCCUGAUGAUCUUCUGGAAGCUCUGAAGCCAGAUUACGUGGCACCCCUGGUCCUUUGGCUUUGCCAUGAGAGUUGUGAGGAAAAUGGUGGCUUGUUUGAGGUCGGAGCAGGAUGGAUUGGAAAAUUACGAUGGGAGCGGACCCUUGGAGCCAUUGUAAGACAGAGGACUCAGCCAAUGACUCCUGAGGCGGUGAAAGCUAACUGGACGAAGAUCUGUGACUUUGAUAAUGCCACCAAGCCUCAGAGAAUUCAAGAAUCAAUUGGCAGUGUAAUUGAAGCUCUAAAUAAAAUAGAUUCAGAUGGAGGAGUUUCGGCAAAUCAUACCAGUAGUGUGACAUCAACAGCUACAUCAGGAUUUGCUGGAGCUAUUGGCCAUAAAUUUCCUCCAUUUUCUUCUUCUUAUACGGAACUGGACACUAUUAUGUACGCCCUUGGAGUGGGAGCAUCAAUCAAGGAGCCGAAAGAUUUGAAGUUUAUUUAUGAAGGGAGUUCUGAUUUCUCCUGUUUGCCUACCUUUGGAGUUAUUCUAGCUCAGAAAUCUAUAAUGGGUGGAGGAUUAGCAGAGAUUCCUGGGCUUUCAGUCAACUUGGCAAAGGUUCUUCAUGGGGAACAGUACCUGGAGUUAUAUAAACCACUUCCCAGAGCAGGAAAAGUAAAAUGUGAAGCAGUUGUUGCUGAUGUCCUGGAUAAAGGAUCCGGUUUAAUAAUUCUUAUGGACGUCUACUCUUAUUCUGGGGAGGAACUUAUAUGUUAUAAUCAGUUCUCCAUCUUUGUUGUUGGCUCUGGAGGCUUUGGUGGCAAACGGAUGUCAGACAAAGCUAAGGUAGCUGUAGCCAUACCUAAUAGACCUCCUGAUGCUGUACUUACAGAUACCACCUCACUUAAUCAGGCUGCUUUGUACCGCCUCAGUGGAGACUGGAAUCCCUUACACAUUGAUCCUGACUUUGCUAACUUAGCAGGUUUUGACAAGCCCAUAUUACAUGGAUUAUGUACAUUUGGAUUUUCUGCCAGGCAUGUUUUACAGCAGUUUGCAGAUAAUGACGUGUCAAGAUUCAAAGCAAUUAAGGUUCGUUUUGCAAAACCAGUAUAUCCAGGACAAACUCUACAAACUGAGAUGUGGAAGGAAGGAAGUAGAAUCCAUUUCCAAACCAAGGUCCAAGGAACUGGAGACAUCGUCAUUUCAAAUGCAUAUGUGGAUCUUGUGCCAACAGCUGAUGUUUUAGCUAAGACACCAUCUGAGGGUAGGGAGCUUCAGAGUACCCUUGUGUUUGAGGAAAUAGGUCGCCGCCUUCAGCAUAUGGGGGGAGAGGUGGUGAAGAAAGUAAAUGCUGUGUUUGAGUGGCAUAUCACUAAAGGUGAAAAUACUGCAGCUAAGUGGACUAUUGACCUAAAAAAUGGUUCUGGAAAAGUGUAUCAAGGCCCUGCAAAAGAUUCUGCUGAUGUAACCAUCACGCUUUCAGAUGAAGAUUUCAUGAAAGUAGUCUUGGGCAAGCUUGAUCCUCAGAAGGCAUUCUUUAGUGGCAGACUGAAGGCCAGAGGGAACAUCAUGUUGAGCCAGAAGCUUCAGAUGAUUCUUAAAGAAUAUGCCAAGCUCUGAAGGACAUACUACGUUACUAAUUACAAUAGAAAAUUUAAAUACUGUCUUCAACUAAAUAUGCAAAAGUGAUUCAGCAAAAAUGGUCAAAAUUAAGAUACAGGGGAAAUUGCUUAACCUUUUCAGAUUACAGAUAACUUUUCAGACGUUCAUUUUCUACUAAUUUUUCAUGUUAUUACUUUUACAAGGAACUGUAAGCUGGCACAUGAUUAUCCUUCUGUUCUUAGACCUAUGUCUUCAUAAUAAAAAACUUUCACUCAA